AUGGGUAAAAAUGCCAGCCUCUACGCCCUGCUCGGAACCUGGGAUCCCAGGGAGGCCUCCAGGGAGAUUGCAGUGAUGCUACUCAUCACGGUGGUUGUCGUUGAAAAAUUUUCCUACCAACAACUGCGAAAGCACACAACCCUCAUUCCAGAAUCGCUGAUCCUCAUCCUACUGGGCACCGGCGUUGGCUGCGUUCUCCGAUUCCUGCCCGCCCACAUUGACCAUGACACCUGGCGAAUGACACCAGAGACCUUUUUUCAUUACCUCCUACCCUGCUGCCUCUUGGAUGCCGCCUUUAACCUGCACAAUCGUGUCUUCGGUGACUGUAUAGGCGGUGUCAUUGUCUACGCUGUGCUGGCUACAGUCCUCAACAUGGUCCUAAUAGGCACCAUCCUGGUUGGCUUUGAGAGGGCCGGUUUCUUCAAGGACCAACCCGUGGUCUACGGCGUGCAGGUGCUCAUGGUCUACGCCUCGCUCAUUGUGGCAGUUGAUCCGGUUGCCGUGCUAGCCAUCUUUCAGGAGAUUGGUGUGGACCUCAGCCUUUACUACCUAGUACUGGGUGAGUCGCUGUUUAAUGACGCCGUCACACUGGUGCUCUACAAGAUUACCCUGGGAUUUCUACGGAAGAAAGAUGUGACCACGGAGGACAUUGCCAUCGGUAUUGGGGCCUUUUUCACCAUCAACUUGGGCGCCAUUCUGAUUGGUAUCGUCCUCGGUGUCGUAACCUGUCUCGUUACGAGGGUGCACAGUCACUUUGAACUGGUCCUGGUCUACCUCAUCGCCUACUAUGCCUAUGUGUUGGCCGAUAUUAUUGGCUGGUCGGGCAUUGUUGCUAUGGUUACCUGCGGUAUGAUCCAGACUGCGUACGCUUUCCAUAACCUCAAUGAUAACUGUCUGGCCACCGUGCGACUGCUGGGCAAGACCCUGGCUGAGGUCUCGGAAGCGAUCAUCUUCCUCCUAAUCGGCGUGCAGAUUAUUCAGAUGCGGACUCUAUGGCACAACUCGUUUAACUGGUGUGCGUUAGCCUCGUGUCUGACGGUACGAACAGUUGUUGUCUUUUCACUGACUGCGGCUCUCAACCGGUUCAACGUAAACAUCUCAAAAAUUACCCUCACAGAUCAGUUCAUCCUGGCCUACGGUGGACUACGCGGGGCUGUUGCUCUCUCUCUGGCCAUCAUGUUGAGAGAAGAGGAGGAAAAAGAAGGAGAGGCAGGGGGAAAGGAAUCGCCGGCAGUGAGCGAAGAAGUCUAUAAAAGCAUAGUCACCUCCACCCUCUUCAUCAUCCUCUUCACAGUCGGUGUCAUGGGACCCACAAUGAAACCGCUGGUAAAGCUGUUUCGCGUGAAGCUGGCCGAGCGUCAGACCAUUAGUCUGAUGCGGGAACUUAAUGAAAACAUGAUUGAUCAGGUGACAGCCGGCAUUGAAGCCAUCAUCGGGUCUGUCGGGCGGAAUAGCCUGCGAGCCCUUUUUACGAACCCAAAGACCUACAAUGAGCGCAUUGUUCAGGUGUAUAAGGAGAUGGCGCUGGUAUUGCACUAUGCCUCCCUGCAACCUGAUAAAGCAGCCAGCAUCAUGCAGUCCCUGCCAAUGACCAUCUCCGAAAAACACUUGAAAGACCUGAGUCGGGAGCACAAGACCACCUCCGCGAAGUGGAAGAAGUACCAAAAGGAUAACCCCUUUGCCAGUCCCAGGAUUGCCAGCCACUUUGACUUCUCUGGACGACAAAUAGACUAUGGUGACAAAUUGGCGCGUAUUAUUGACGACAAGAAG